UUAAUAGUUCUCUCAACUUCAAGUCAUUGAUCAAUAUAAGACUAGUGGUGUGAUAUUUGGGUCAGUCAAUGAGGGUUGGAAACAAUGCGUGGAUCAGAGCAAUCAGUCAUUAUCUGCAAUUUUUUUUUUUUUUUUUCUCUUGACAUUAUCUGCAAUUAAAAAUCUCAGGACUAGUACUGUACGAGAAGUAGAAUUAUUUUGUUAACAGUCUAAAAACAAUGCACCUUAAUAGAGGACAGUUGACAAGGCAUGAACAUAGCAAGUCUAGCAACAAUAAGGGGAAAAAAAAAUUGUAGGCAUUGUCAAACAAUACGAGUAUAAAUACCUUUCAUGGGAUACAAACUACACCAUCACCUUUUCUACUCCUUUCUGGCAAAUACCUUAAAGUUCUCAUUCCUUAAAACUCUCUAACAAUGGCCCCGGCCGUGUCCACACUUCUCUCCGGCUCGUCGGAUGUCAAAAACUUUGUAAUGAAAGAAGGUUAUGGCGUGAAGGGUCUUGCAGAUAUGGGACUCAGUGCCCUACCCAAGCAAUAUAUUCAACCUCUUGAAGAAAGGGCUAGUACCAUCAAAAUAGCGUCUGAAGAGUCCAUACCAGUCAUUGACAUGUCAAAUUGGGAUGAUCCGAAGGUGGCUGAAACGAUAUGUGAUGCAGCAGAGAAGUGGGGGUUCUUUCAAAUUGUCAAUCAUGGUGUGCCCAUUGAAGUACUUGAGGAUGUGAAGAACGCGACUCAUGAGUUCUUUGGAUUGCCCGCAGAGGAGAAGAGGAAGUACUCUAAAGAGCAUUCCCUUACCAACAAUGUCCGGUUUGGCACGAGCUUCAGUCCUGUGGCUGAGAAGGCUCUGGAGUGGAAAGAUUACCUUAGCCUCUUCUAUGUUUCAGAAGAUGAUGCUAGUGCAUUCUGGCCUCCUGCGUGCAAGGACCAAGCACUGGAAUUCAUGAAGAGAUCUGAGUUUGUAAUUAGGAGGCUGUUAGAGGCACUGAUGAAUAGACUCAAUGUAAAGGUGAUUGACCAAACAAAAGAGUUCCUUUUGAUGGGUUCAAAGAGAAUCAACCUAAACUACUAUCCCAAAUGUCCUAAUCCUGAGCUAACAGUAGGAAUAGGGCGUCACUCAGAUGUCUCAACACUAACUGUCCUACUCCAAGACAAUAUUGGUGGGCUCUAUGUGAGGAAAAUGGAUGGGGACGAAAGUUGGAUCCAUGUCCCACCGGUCAAUGGAUCGCUUGUCAUCAACAUCGGUGAUGCACUACAGAUAAUGAGCAAUGGACGAUACAAGAGCAUUGAGCACCGUGUGAUUGCUAAUGGAAGCAACACCAGGAUUUCAAUCCCAAUCUUUGUGAACCCAAGACCUGGUGAUGUUAUUGGCCCUUUGCCGGAGGUGCUCGAGAGUGGAGAGAAACCAAUAUAUAAGGAAGUUCUCUACUCGGAUUAUGUUAGGCAUUUCUUCAAGAAACCUCAUGAUGGGAAGGACACUGUUGAAUAUGCAAAGAUUUGA